AUGAAGAGAGCAUGUAUGUUGGUACCUGUCACGUGGAUUUAUUCCGCUAUUUGUGCUUUACCUCCUGUGUUCGGAUGGGGAACAUACUUUUCGGGAGAAUUGGUUCCUUGUAGCUUUGGAAAUCGGGCGUCCCGUUCGUACCAGCUCUAUGUACUGUUUUUGACAUUCAUGUUACCUAUUUCGCUUAUGACUAUGUUUUACUACCAAAUCUACAAAACUAUUUUACACCACUCCAGGCUUAUGAACUCAGGAGCCGUCGGCAAAACGAAAUUAUUAAAAGUUGAACAGAAGACGAACGUUCUUAUGUUAGCCGUUCUGAUCACAUUUUGUCUAUCAUGGUUCCCGUUUCACGUCGUUGCGAUUUGCCGUAGUUUCUUACGCGCCGCCGUCGCACCUGCACUUGUGUCUGUAUCUGUGUUACUGGCAUGCUCAAGCCCUGUCAUUAACUUUUUCCUAUAUGUCGUGGCAAACAGAUCUUUUUAUAAAUGUAUUUCUAGAAUAGCAUAUUGCUGCAAGAAUCAACAGUCGCCGCGCGCUGAAACACAACAACCCGUUCAGGAUGUCCACACACACGACAGAAUCACACAUAACCCCGCAGCAAUAGCACCGACUGAUUUACAGAUCCCUAAUGUAUUAUUGACAGUUUCCAGGGAUACGGAUGCGGAUGUGGAACUGUCACAGAUAGCGGAAGAGAGACGAAAAAGCACGAUAAUGUCUCCCAACCCUAACGAACUGGAAGUGGAAAUCCAACAGCGUAGACGCAGCGCACACAGACUUUCCGUUAUAAUGCUGGGCGAUUUGCCCGUCGACCAUCACUUCCUCGACAGCGGCUACAGUAACCAAGUGUUACAAGACACGUGGUCUAGCCCUUCAAAACAUUUAGAAUGUGUCGGAGAAUCAGCGGAAGGCGUAGAUGCGUCGCCAACAGCGUCCUUCAAUGGCUCGCCGUAUUUGACUGUCGUUAGCGAAGGCCGGAGAAAAACUAUUGCGGGCGUAGGAAUAAGACGGAAAGUUAACAAAAACGGACUGCGUUUAUCGGGUAGGAAUACUGUCACCGCCACCCAUGCUAUGGGGAGGAAGAAAAAACGCCGAGGUCAAAAGGUUUCCCCAAAUAUAAGUGAUGGCCAGCGAGGUGAAUCGGACCACAAUGUAAGAGAAUUGAGUACGGAGAUUUCUGAACAUAACGACGAAUCAGCAGGUCGCUUUAACAUUGUCAACACAUAG